ACAGCCUGGCUUUCACUGGUUGUGCCUCUGGCUGGCUGUGUGACCUUCGACAAGACGGUUAAGCCAAUGUUUUUGAAAUUGGCCCCUGAUUUUGGGUGCCCAGAUUGUGACACCUUGGGCCUGCUUUUUGAGAAGAGUGGAGAGCCCACAGCUCCUGUGGAUUUCAGCUGAGCCUUUGGCUGCUUAGCUCCUCAUGGUGUAAAAUUGGGCACCUGAAAUCAAGGGCCUCUGUUUGAAAUGUUGGCUGUCUGUGAAAUGGAAACAUCAGACUGCACCAGAGCUGGGCCAACAGUUAAAGAGUUUGACGGGAGAUGGCAGCAUGAUGGAGCAGCCGGAUGCUCCCCUCGGUGCCACCCCCGUGGGUCCGUCCUUCCCCCAGGGGGACGUCCUGGCCACCCAGUUCCUGGAGGCCGAGCUGGAGCAGAACGUGCGUCUCAGGGAGCUCUCCUUCCUCGACCCCGUCUGCUACGUCUACAACCCUCUGGAGUACGCCUGGGAGCCCCACGAGGACUAUGUGAAGAGAUAUUGCCGUUCCCCCAAAGAGGUGCUUUUCCUCGGCAUGAACCCCGGCCCCUUCGGGAUGGCACAGACCGGGGUGCCCUUUGGGGAGGUGCGUCACGUCCGGGAGUGGCUGCAGAUCCGUGGGCAGGUGUCUAAGCCGGCCCAGGAGCACCCCAAGAGACCGGUCCUGGGGCUGGAGUGCCCCCAGACGGAGGUGAGCGGUGCCCGCUUCUGGGGCCUCUUCCGCUCGCUGUGCCCUGGCCCUGAGGCCUUCUUCCGCCGCUGCUUCGUCCACAACCACUGCCCGCUGCUCUUCAUGAGCCAGAGCGGCAAGAACCUGACGCCGGCCGACCUGCCGGCCGCCCAGCGCGAGCGCCUGCUGCAGGUCUGCGACGACGGGCUGGCCCAGGCCGUGCGCCUGCUCAGUGUUGCCAUGGUGAUCGGCGUGGGCCGCUUCGCCGAGCAGCGGGCCCGCAAGGCCCUGGCCUCGGCUGGCCUCCAGGUGCGGGUGGAAGGCUUGAUGCACCCCUCGCCUCGCAACCCUCAGGCCAACAGGGGCUGGGAGGCCAUUGCCAAGGCCAGGCUGGAGGAGCUGCGUGUCUUGCCCCUGUUGACGGGCUGAGCCUGGGGCAGGGAGGGCACCUCCCCGCUGGAGACACUCCCUGGGUCUCAUUUGUGGCCGAUGCUCCUGGCCAAUUUCUGUUGCCGUAGCCACUGACUAGCGGAUAACAGGAGCCCCGUCCUGAAGGCUGGGGCUUCCUGCACCCACACUACCUCCCCAUACCCUCACCUGGAGUCUUGUUACCCACCAUCUACAUCCCCCAUAGAGGGCUGCAGAGGAGCGGCCUCGGAUCCUGCUCUCAACUGGUGUCUGAUGGAGACAGGGACUGCAGCCUUCAGAUCCUCACGAGCUGGGGGUUUGAUUCAGGCCUGUCGUCAGUUCUGCCACCUCUCUGUGGCUGGGCCCAGUCCUGGUUGGAAGGGCAAGUCAGAUCCUUCCACCCCCGGCUUGUUAGAAACCAGUUUGGUUCCCAUGCUGCUCGGCCCCCUUAACACUGAGAUGAGCUGGUGUUUGACAUCAGGAGGCAGCUUGGAGUGCUGACCAAUUUACACCAGCCCAGAUCCCCUCCCUUGGUGUCCUGUUGUGACGGGAUCCCUGGGGUACGACCUGGAACUGUGGGAUCGCUGUGCCUCCUUAAGCAUGUUUUGCCAACCCCCGCCCCCCCCAGGGGCUGUUAUCAUUCAGCACCAGCAUGCAGAGACACACCCAGCUAAGUUGCCUGAAUGGUCUCCAAGCCACUCCUGAACUAUGCAGAGGGAAACACCAGCACAUCUCCCAAGCCCCCAGAAAUAUACCGUCUUACACUCCUCAAGACCUAUUCUUGAACCGUGCAAGCUCAUUAAUUAGUUUGCCCCUUCGUCAAAGGAUAGGGGACAUGCACCAGCCUUUGUAAUCUGAGUAGAUUCCCCAAGCACUUUAGACAAACUCAUUGCUAAAGAUAAAACAUUAAAGUAAAAUCUAUCUUCCUGUAGUUAAUAAACUUAAGUGACUAUCAGUGUUAGGCACAGAGGUCAAAGUUAGUUACAUAAAAAAUAAGAACAGACUUGCAAUCUAACUUCUAACUUGAACAGACAAAGAUUUACAUCAAACAGCUUUUCUCACCCCUCUGAAUGUUGCUGGUAGGUUACAGUCCUUAAUACACAGGCCGAAUCGCUCUCUCAGCCUGGGACCAAUCUCCUCAGUUCAAAGCCUUUGUCUUCCCAGCAUUCUUGUUGCCUUCAGGAGAGGAGAGAGGACAAGUGAUGAUGUCACUGUCCCUUUUUUUGAAUACUUUCUUCCAGGUGCUAGAAAGAUCCUUGCUGUGACAUGGGGGUUAGGCAGCUUCCAUUGCAUAUGUGACCUCUCUGAGGAGUCUUAGAGCGUGAAUUCUUCUUGAUGGGCCAUCAACACAUGUCUGGCUGGUCCUGAUGUAAAUCUGUCUUGUUGGCUGUUCCUUUGUUGCCACUGAAAGGCCGGCGGUGGGCGAUUCCCAUUUACCACGUAUCUCAGUUGUGACGUCGCACCCCAUAAUGCUUUAUGGAAAUAUGUUUAUAAAUGUAUAUGUGACAUAACUGGAAUAUGUUUUAUGCUACAUAUGUCACGUAACAUAUCUCUGCAAAGGUUAUGAUCUACUGAAUAUAU